GCAUUUUGUUAUCAACCCUCUUCUACUUUUAACACAAGAUCCCUUUAAAAUAUUAAGAAAAAUAUUAAUGUCUCAGCAGUGUUGCUGAAUAACUUUCUUCAAACGGUGCGGUAGAAUUAUUUUCAGACAUGAGGCACAUUUACAGAAAAAAGAGCUAUCUCCAACAUAAAUUCCUAGCUUGUCGAUGAGAGGAAUACUCUUUAAACUUUGCUAUCACAUUCUCAUGGUGUUGGUGCAUCUUACGCUGAUUUUCAGUUACAUGUCAGAGGGAUGUAUGCCAGGGAGAGGUGGUGGGAGAAGACGAAGCAGCACGAAGAUAACUCCACUCGUAUUCAAGCAACAUGUGCCCAACGUACCAGAGAAUAGUUAUGGAGCAAGUGGGCCAGCACUCGGACGCAUCACAAGAAACGAUGAGAGGUUUAAGAAUUUGAUUCCUAACUACAAUCAGGACAUUGUAUUUAAGGAUUCAGAGGGAACUGGAGCAGACCGCUUGAUGACACAACGUUGCCGAGAGAAGUUGGACACGUUGGCGAUCUCAGUGAUGAACCAAUACCCGGGGGUGCGCUUAAGAGUCACAGAAGGAUGGGAUGAGGAAGGCCACCACUCCCCUUCUUCUCUGCACUACGAGGGUCGUGCAGUGGACAUCACCACCAGCGACAGAGAUCCAGCAAAAUACGGUCAGCUAGCCAAAUUAGCCGUGCUGGCUGGAUUCGAUUGGGUCUACUACGAGGCGAGGACGCACAUUCAUUGUUCUGUAAAAUCAGAAACAAACUCUGAAGGCAAAUCUAUUGGCUGUUUUCAAGGAAGCUCGAAGGUCAUCACAAACGAUGGCAUCAAAUUGAUGAGUAACUUGACAGUUGGAGACGAAGUGCUGAGUAGCUUUGGACCGAAUGGGACUUCCGUUUACAGUAAAGUUAUCGCUUUUUUGCACAGAGAUCCCAAGCUUGAAACAGAUUUCGUUGAAAUGGAAGACGAAACAGGCAACAGUUUGUUACUGACAGGAAAUCAUUUAGUUUUCCGUUAUGUACCAAAGAAGUCAAAUGCUGAGAAGCUUUUUAAUGUGCCUCAAAAGCAGAAACCUUCACCUGAAAUAGGGAACAGAAAAAUGAGAUUUGGCAGUGUGAAACUGAAAAUCAACUGUUAUAAAAAAGCAAGAAAGCAAAUGUCAAACGUUUCACUUCGACUCGGAACUAAUUAUACUAAUCCUGAUAAAAAGUGUGAAGAUUUUAAAAUUUUCAAAACAACAGUUAGACAGUUUAAGUGCCGAUCUUUUGGAUUUAGAUUUAAACGAAAGCAAGUUCCAGUACAAAGCGUCGCAAUAAACGGUAGAAGACUGCAUUCAUCUGUAACGCGAGAAAAAGUAAGUGUUUCAAAAAUCAGAAGAAAAGGUUAUGAAAAUACUACUUCAAUCAAAAGACUUGCAAGCCGGCAUGAUGCAGUUGGAAACAAAAUUCGCAAUGCAGUACGAAUCUCUGGAUCUUCAAAUUACCUGCACAAAUUUCAUUCGCAUACCGGAUUCGGACUUCAUUCUUUACUUGCAAGUAAUUUCGAAGCAGUUCCCGCAGAUCAAGUUCAUACUGGUACUUUCAUCUACAAAAUUUCUCACGACAAUUCGCCGUCACUUUCAUUAGUAAGAGAAAUAAGACGGACAAAAAGGAUAGGGGUUUACGCUCCUUUAACAGAAUCUGGUACCAUUGUAGUAGAUGGCGUCUGGUGUUCGUGCUAUGCCGUAGUAAAAAGCCAUGAUGUAGCUCAUGCAGCUUUUGGACCGCUAAGAAUUUUAUAUUUUCUUAAAGAUCACAUGUAUCAAUUGUCAAUAACUGUAAUGACGUUUUUCACUUUUAUUGCAAAUUUCUUUUCGGUUGCAAAUUUUUUUACAAGUGAACAUGAAGUUUCAGAGGAUGUAAGUCCUUAUCAUUGGUAUGCUAAUUGUUUAUGCUUUGUAAGCAGUCCCUUUGUAACGUUAUGUGAAUAA